AUGCUGGUGGAGAAGCCCAACUAUGAGUCGUGCAACUACAACAGUGACCCCAUCGGUGAUGUCCUUGAGGGUUUGCUGCGUGCAAAGCGCCUCGGCAGCUCUGUAGGUGGCGGCGUGGAGGUGCUGGAGCUGGCGUCAGGGAGCGGCCAGCACGCGGUCUACAUGACGAGACGCUUUCCCCCGUCUUUCAUUGCGCGUUGGGUGUGCACUGACUUGCCCGAGAUGUUGCCGGGCAUCUGUCGCUGGCUGCAGGAGGACGGCAAGCAGCACGCCGCUCUCGUGCAGCAGCCACAUGCACUGAGUUUCACCGACACAGAGUCCCGCUGGAUUGAAAUUCGACAACUUGCUUGUACUUCUACUUCUAAUACUGUCAAUGGUACGGCGCGUGAGAUUGGCUACGAUCUUGUAUUUACUUCUAACAGUUUGCACAUUGCGCCGUGGGAGGCGUGUUGUGUGCUCUUCCGCCGCCUCCCUCUCGUCGUGCGACCCGGCGGUAUGUUUAUCGUGUACGGUGCCUUUAACUACAACGGCACCUUCACCACAGAGAGCAAUCGCCGCUUUGAUGCGCGGCUGAAGCAGAGUCAUCCAUGGUGUGGCAUCCGUGAGAAGGAGGCGGUGGAGUCGCUUCUGGCGCAGCAGGGUUUCACGUUAGAGGAAGACUACGCGAUGCCGGACAACAACCGUUGUCUCUGCUUUCGCCGCCGAGAAGGUACUGUGUGCUAG